GUCUUUUAAACGUUUUACCUAUUGGAGGAAAAGCUUUCAAAAACACCACAACUUGAGAUUUUCGUGUUUCCAGGGCUAGACUGUGAUAUCAAAUGCUGAUCUAACCAUAACAGCCAUGCCAGGCAUAAGACAGCUUCUGCACUGGGGCCCAAUCCUAGCCCUGUCAGUCAUUUUCAUCAUCACAGUAGUAGGAUUUAAGUGUUCGUUGAUGUGGUGGCCUGCUCGGAUGAAAGGGAGUUGGAUAAACUUGAUGAUCUAUUUUACCUGGUUAUUUCUCAUUUUGUAUAAUUACUUCCUCGCAGCCUUUAAAGGACCAGGAUUUGUACCAUUAGGUUGGGAGCCUGCAAACAAAGAUGAUAGAGUGUAUUUACAGUAUUGUGAAUUUUGCAAAGGAUAUAAGAGUCCCAGAGCACACCAUUGCAGAAAAUGCAACAGAUGUGUGAUAAAAAUGGACCACCACUGCCCAUGGAUAAACACCUGUUGUGGACAUUUGAACCAUGCCAACUUCACCUAUUUUCUAUUAUUUGCUCCAAUAGGUUGUGUACACGCAGCCAUCAUUUUGAUUUGUUCUGUAUAUAGGGCUUUAAAUUGGCAAUACUACUUUUACUACACAAAUGAGCCUGUAGUUCACCUGGACUUUGUUGGAUUUAUUUGUGCAAUGUUUGCCAUUGGCCUCGCCAUUGGGGUGACUAUUGCUGUGGGCAUGCUGUUUUCUAUACAAAUGAAAUGCAUUAUUAAGAAUGAAACUGGAAUAGAGCAGUGGAUCAUAGAAAAGGCAAAGGACCGGGAUCGCGAUGAGGAGGAAGGGGAAUUUAUUUACCCAUACAACCUUGGGUGCUGGAGAAAUCUAUGUGAAGUUUUCACCUUCAGUGGCAAGCCAAAGUCAGAUGGUAUAACAUGGAAUGUAGUUCCUGAAUGCAAUCAGUACACACUCACUAUUGAACAAAUCUGUCAAAAGGCCUUGAAAAGGGAGAGAACUGUGGAGUAUGUGAUUGGCAAAGUGUACAAUGGUUCCUGGUUACCCCUCAGAAUGGGCUGGAGAGUGUGUGUGAACUUUCCGUGCACUGAUGAACCCAGAAUAAGUAUGAAAGUGGGAGACAGAGUCUUGGUCACCCGAUGGAAAAAGCACUGGUUAUAUGGAACAAAAGUCAACUUAGAAGGAAAAUGGAAAGGACAAACGAAAGAAAGGGAAAGGGGUUGGUUUCCCAGGGUUUGUGCUAAACAAGAUGUUUCAAACGGACACUACAGUGGGAGUGAGAUGGUAGCUGAUCAUGAAAAAGCACAGUAACUAGUGUGCUGAGAUAGGUGGUUUUUUGAAAAUGUAAUUAAGCUUGUUGACAAUUUCGAAGUCUCAGGUAUUUAUUUUUACUUUAAAUAUAGUAUGUUAAAUAUCAGCUCACUAGCCUAUUAUACCAGGUACAAAUUCUGACUUGAAUGACUGUACAACAUUGGAACUUGAGUGGGCACAACAAACUUGAUAAAUCAACAAUAAUGUAGUGUCAUUGUAAAGCUAUAUGGUCUGUUGGGUUUUUUUUGGGGGGGGGGUUGCUGAUAAACCUCAAAAUAAUUUUCAUACAAACCUUUGAAGCAUCAAUUAGAAAUCAAUCAAGCAGAAAUGGUGGCUUGUAGAGUGUCUACAAUCUCAGCAUCAUGCACAGAAACACAGAUACAUGUACUCACACAUGGAAGGUCCUGUUAUCCGUAAAUACCAUAUCCUUUUUUUGCAGUGAAUUGGGAGGGAAUGAUAAUGGAUAAUGGAAAAACGAUGUAUGCAUGCAAAGUACAAGUAUACAAAAGUCUGGAGACAGAAAACAUGAUUUGGCUUUGAACAUUUUUGAGAUCGUAAGAUUAUCUACAUACAAACCCUGCUAUCAUGUACAUGUAUUUCCAUCUCGCACACAAACUAAAACAUUCAUCAAGAAAUGAAGUACAGCCCAUACAAAAGAUAUGACACUGUGUAUAGAUGUCAUCAAUGAUUGUGACUUCAGACUUCUAUUGUACUCUCCAGUCAAGGUAGUGUUUGUACAUUAAGGUUUCAAAUGAAUAUUUUUGGGGAUAAAUUAAUUAAAAAAUGUAAUGAUUAUUCAAUUAUGUCAUUCACAUGUGUACCAAAUUUAUAAAAAAGUUUUUAUUUAUGUUUUGAAAGAUACGCCAAACUUGCAGACCAUACAGCUUUAACAAAUAUCUGUUAAACUUUAUAUAUUUUCAUAACAAUACACUGUAUAGACUGAUCUAAAUUAGUUAUAGACAUAUUGUAUUAUGUACUGCUGUUAUGGCAUAGUAAAACUGUGAUUUGUAGAAUAUACUACAGGGUUUUUUUUUCUACUGUAUGAGAAUGGUACCAUACCGAUACCCAUUCAGUGGGGGGAAAAUAUUGUCAAAAUAGAAGAAAAUGGGAAUAUUGUUUCGUGACAAUAAAUGGUAUUUGUUUUAAAGGGACUGGUUCACGUUUUUCGAAAAAAAUAGAUUUCAAUUUUGAUGUCAAAAAUUAUAAAUAUAACUCAUUUAAUGUUGACAACCAAAAUUUGUACCUUCUGAAUGCAAGGAUAAGAGCAAUAUUUUUGCUAUAAUUCUGUAUUUAUGUAAACAAAGACUCAAGUCUUUUUAAUAUGUAUAAAACAAAUAAACCAGUGAAACGUUAAUUUUGUAAUUUAAAGCAUCUUCAUUUUGUACAAAAUCACAAAUUUUAACUUUUAAGUGACACAUUUUACCUAAAGUAUACUUGAGAUGUGAUAUAUAAUAAAUAUCCAUUUAUUUUGAAAACUUCGUAAACAAUAACACACCUCAAUCUUUGUUUUCAAAACAAAUAAUAAACUCUCUAUAAUGAGCUUCUGUCAUAAUAAAUAACCUUAAUUUUUUUUUAUGAAACCUUCUAAAACAUAUUAGACUGUAUAUUUUGAUCAUUUAAAGUGAAAAACAAAAUUUGGGGGGAAAUCGUGAAUCAGUCCCUUUAAAAUAAACACUGAAUAAACAAGAUUUUAAAAAAUAAUCAAAUAUCCAUUGUUUAGUAAUUUACAAACAAGCACCAUUUUAUUGACCUCUGCUUUCUAUAUAAGAGGAAGUCAAGAAAUCAAUGGACUCAUACAAUGUUUCUUACAAAGCAAGCCUCGAAGUUUGUACGUGACAUAUUUACAUGUAGCUUCAAAAUUUGGAAAAAUCAAUAGCAUUUGGCACAAUCUGAUUAAAAUACAAAUCUCUCAAGUUGUAUUGGCAUGGUAUUGUUUGUCGGUACCAGUUAUUAGAAAGAAAAUUGCUGUAGUAUAUGUUAUAUGUUAAGUGAUAUUUCACUAGGGUCUGAUGGUAUUAAAAUUUCAACACCCCCCCCCCCCCCCCCCCCUCCCCAACACCUUAAUCCAUUUUUAUUUUUAAUGAGUGUUUGAGAUUGUGUAUUUUGGUGUCAUGUGCAAAGGCUGUACAUCACCACAGUUCAUCUCCUAAAGAAGAAUUGUACUUUGUACACAUUAUAGAUAUCAUAGUAGUGAUUAGAAAUAAAAAUAACCCCCUCAGUCUUUAGAUAUUGGAAAAUCUCGAGACCUCAUAGGUUAUUCUCCAACAAAUUCUUUGUUCGAUGUCAUUAAUUCUUAUAUGAUGUAGUUAUGUUGGAAAAUUACUAACCUAUCUGUUACUCUACUUACAUGUACAUGUACGUUUGCUGAUGUUUCCCCUUAUGUAACACUACUCCACACAGUCCUGUCUAUAACAUAUUGAUAUGCUCUAGGGUUACCAAGUCACGACUACAUGAUUUAACUGGGACAUCAAAAUCGAGCAUUAACCGGUGAAAGUCUUGAAAAAACGUAUUUUUAUGUCCGAGACAAGAUAUAGUUCUAAAUCAAUCACAAAUGUAGUAAUAAGAAAUGAGAUAUAAUGUGUUAACAUAUAUAUACAAUAUACAUGUAUAUAUUGCUGGAUUAUGACUGUCUAUCAGAUGUUUAAAAGUUAUUAUUUCUUUUUAAAAAUAACAUACUGAUAAAGGAAUAUUUUCCAUUUGAGUAAAAACCCUUUUUAUUUUAAAGUAAUUUAGUUUGUUUAUUUACAAUGUAGUCAGUGUUCUUAAUCUGAGAGAAAACAUUCAAGAUCUACUUUACUAUACAGGGUGACGGUAUUGAAUGAGGCUGUAGGUAUGAUUAGUCAGAGUUACCUCCCUUAGGAAAUGAUAUAGUCCACAAUAUUGUAGAUGUUUUUGUAAGGGGUGAAGGAUCCAUGAAACAAAACAUUAGAUUUUUAUGUUGUUUCUCAGCAGACAGCCAGUGAGUAAACCUAAAACAAAAAUUCACACUGGUUAUUUCUUCGUCAUGACUGUCAGCACGUGUAUCCCCUCGCAUGAAGUAAUCUUUUUAGAUAUUUGGACAGUAUGAAAACACUGUAAUAAUAAUAAGGUUAGAAAUGAUACCUGGUUGUUUGGGAAGACCUAGCUUCCUCACUUAUCAAUCACCAGUGAAAAUCAGGUAUCUACAUUAUCAAAUCUAAUUAUAGCUGCAGUUUAACUUGAAGUGAAGAGAACCUCCUGUCAUAUUUUUUUCCUCCUCUUUGUACAAUGUGUGUAUUCCUUUCAGACUGAUUUUGAAAUCAAUGGAUUUAUGAAAAUUUAGAAGUUAUUUCAUUGAAUAUAGACGGUCAUUUGCACGUUGAUGUUGUUACUUAGUUUUGUUGUGUACGUAAGCUUGCACAAUAUGAAAUUGGGGAGAUUAUCUAUACAAGUCAUAUUUGUGAUGUUUUUGACAUUCUCUCUGUACAUAAUUUGUCUAUAGAACAAUUGUUUAUAGCUUACAUGCAAGUAAUGAAUAUUUGAAUAUUGAAAGAAGGAAAUAUUGCCUCAUACUUUCAAGAAAAUGUGACAUCUUUUUGUUCUUUGUAUAAUUUGUUGGUUUAUUUUUAUUUGUGACAGUCUUUUUGAUUCUGUUAUAAUUGAUAAUCUGUGAAUUUUUUUUAUCUAAAAUGUGGAUUUUACAUGUAUAAGAUACAUCAGUUUAUUAAUGAUUUUCAUGUGUGUUUAUGUUUAUUUUAAUUGUCCUUUAGUCCUUUGAAGUCUCAACUCAUGAAGAGUUGGUUUGAAUGAUAUGAAUUAUUAUAUCUGAUACUUUUUAUUUAGAUGUUCUUUAAUUUAUCACUGGAGGCCAUAAUGAUGUGCAUUUUGUAAAAGUAUUGGUAUGAAUAGCAAUGCUUAAAAAGCUUCAGAAUAAAUAUUUUUAUGUACACAGCAA